AUGAGUGACUUCGUCUACGACGUGAGUCUAGGCAGGCAGUCAAACAGCGGCCGAAGCAACAUCAACCUCGACCUGGACUCGCUCAACCACGACCCCGCCACGCUCUUUUCCACAAGCUUCAUGGGCGACCUUGAUGUGGACAGUGAUAGCGCAUUAAUGGAGCGGGCGUUUGGGUCGCUUUCAGUGAAACCCAGCAAGUUGGACCCGGACGCUCUCACAGCACUUGAUGAUGUGCUGCAGACGAACAUAUUGGACGAAGCGGGGGGUAUUGAUUUUCAACACUGCUGCCAGCAAAUUCUGCAAGAGCCGCAACAGGACCAUGAGAGCGAGGGAAACGGGGGGCAGGAGCUUUACCAACUACCUUCCUCCGGCCGGACCGACUCUUUGGGAGGCGUCAGCCCUUUGUAUGAGACAACACCGCGCUCACUCGAUCCAGUAGAUACCAAGUGCAAAUACGCCAUGCCGUCGUUGACACUUUCCACCAACAGUGAAGCCGUGAGGAAGUCCUUAGCAAGUGAGUCACAAGGCCCUGAAGGUAAUGUGUACUCGUCCAUUACAGCAACACCACUGCAGGGGAGAGCAUUGGACUUUCGGAGUUUUUUAUCAAAAAAACAGUUGCCCCCUGCUAUCCUAAAGGAAGCUUCUGUUGGUGUCUUUGUGGGCCAGCUGCCUUCAACGUACUCCGAAGAAGAUGCUGCUGCUCUGCUUCGAGCCAUUGGUGCAGAUGCUGGGGGUGCCGGUUCACGCACGGGACGUGAAAAGCCACAAUCAAAGCCGCACCUGUGCAUUUGUUGUCGUCAACCGCAGUGCAUUGCCAGUGCUUCUUGGCUACUCCAAACGUGUGUUGUGUGA